CAAUUUACUCUCAACAUGGAACGUUGGCACAAUAAAUUGGCAAUUGUAACAGGAGCCAGUGGAGGUAUAGGUGCGGCUUGUGCACGGGCUUUAGUUGGAGCUGGUCUGCGUGUUGUGGGUUUGGCCAGAAGGGAAGCCAAACUGAGGGAAUUACAAAAUAAUUUACCCGAAGGGCAAAAAUCCCUGUUUAUUCCACGAAAAUGUGAUGUUUCCAAGGAGGAUGAGAUUAUCAGAACUUUUGAAUGGACCGAACAGCAAUUGGGUGGCGCUGAUGUACUGCUGAAUAAUGCAGGCAUAACCCGUGAAACGGAAUUGGUUGCCCCCGGAAAUACCGAGAAAAUUCGUCAAGUAAUCGACACAAAUGUCAUGGGUGUUCUUUGGUGUACCCGCGAAGCUUUUCAGCGCAUGCAUAAACGAGGCAAUGAGGCUCAUAUUUUAAUAAUCAAUAGCAUUGCGGGUCAACAAGUGUUAAAUUUUAUUGAUGUCCUGCCAUCAUUUAAUAUAUAUCCUGCAACAAAAUUUGCCAUCACCGCAAUGACGGAAACCUAUCGUCAAGAGUUUCAAUUGUAUAAGAGUAAGGUUAGAGUUACUGGCAUUUGUCCAGGAGCUGUAAACACCAAUAUAUUUCCGGAGGAGAUACAUUUUUAUGUAAAGGAUAUGCCACGGCUGGAUCCGGAAAAUAUUGCCCAUGCAGUUUUGUUUGCACUCAGAUCGCCACCAAAUGUUCAGGUGCAUGAGAUUACCCUAAAGCCGAUGGGAGAAAUGUUUUGAAGUAAUGGAAGCAUACGAAUUUAAAGCAUGUAAAGUUACUAAAAUGUCUUUAAUAUUAAAACUCUGAAAUCUUUUGGCGUUUGAAAAAUUAAAUUCCAAGUAAUGGAACUUAAAAAUGGA